AUGCCGCCCAAGAAGCGACAGUCGACAGACUACCACGUCGCCUGGAUCGCCCCCGUAUCCGACCUCGAAUUGCUGCCGUCGCGCCUGAUGCUCGACGAGGAGCACGACGCGCCCGACUACGAUACCGCCUACGACGACAACGUUUAUACAUGCGGAGCCCUUGCCGGUCACAAUGUCGUCAUCGCAACUUGCGCGCCGGGUAUGACCGGCAACGUCAACGCCGGUCGCGUGACGGGUUCAAUGUUUAAGACGUUUUCUUCAAUUCGCAUGGCCGUUCUUGUCGGUAUCGGUAUCGGUGGCGGGGUACCCCGUGCCCAACCCUCGGACGACCCGACCGAAAACGUGCAUCUUGGGGACGUUGUGGUCGGUUGGCCCGGCGACGGAGGGCCCGCGUGUAUCUAUUACGAUUCGGGGAGGUGGCACACGGAUGGAGAAUUCGAGGUGCUUGGGACGAUCAACCGGCCCGAUCAAGUGCUUUUGAACGCGCUAGGCAAACUCGUAUCGGACCACGAAAUGGACAGAAGCACUUUCGACGUGCAUCGAAAGCGGUUGCUCCAAUCGAAACAUAACCGAAAGUUCACUUUUCCAGGCCUUCAGCGAGAUCAGCUUUUUAACGCUUCAUACCAACAUGCUGGUAUUCCAAAAAACAAAUGCGCAAGUUGCGAUAGUAGCCAGCUCGUUCAGCGACCUGAAAGAACGGAAGAAGAAGCGACCGGCUUUAUUUUCCACCGGGGCAGGAUUGCUACGGGAAACGCGGUGGUGAAGGACGGCGAGCGGCGAGAUCAGAUCCGAGAUCAGUGCAAUGGUGCUCUUUGCAUCGAGAUGGAGGCGGCGGGGGUGGAUGCCGGGCGGCCAUGUCUGGUUAUCCGCGGUAUUUCGGACUAUGCCGAUUCGCACAAAGGCGACGUCUGGAGAUCUUAUGCGGCAGGGAAUGCUGCGGUGUUUGCUCGGGAAUUGCUCAGCAAAAUCCCGCCGAGUAGCGUUCGAAAUUUGGCUAUCGAAGUGCAUUUUUCUGUCCCGUUCAGCAGGAACGAACACUUUGUAGGCCGAGAAGAAAUCCUGGGCCGGCUCCUAAAACGGCUGCCCCCUACAGCACACCCAAACGCCUGCCAACGCACAGUUAUCCAUGGCCUCGGUGGUAUCGGAAAAACGCAGGUCGCCAUUGAGGCCGCCUACCGUGUGCGCGAUGCAUACCCCGAAUGCUCCGUGUUUUGGGUCCCAGCCGUGAACAUGACCAUGUUCGACAAUGGCUACCGAAGAGUCGGGCGAGCUUUGGAGAUCCAAGGAAUAGAGGACGACGACGCCGACGUUAAAACGCUCGUAAAAGCUGCACUUAGUCGAAAUGACGCGAAACCGUGGCUUUUUAUUAUCGAUAACGUCGAUGAUUUACAGCUCCUAACGGACGGGCGGUUAACAUCCCAUCUGCCCUUUAGCCGCAAAGGUUCCAUCCUUUUCACGACCCGAAACCGUCAAGUAACGGCGCACCUUCAAUCUCGAGAGGGUGUGUUCGACCUGGUUCAGCUAAAUGAUGACGAAUCACGUCAGUUAUUGCAUCAAGGCCUUCAGACGAGCCAAAUAGGCGACGAAAAAUCGACAAACAAACUCCUGGAAUACCUUGUCUGUUUGCCGUUGGCGAUCAGACAAGCUUCGGCCUAUAUGCAGUUGAAUAUAUAUGUAACGAUUGCUAAAUAUUUAGAAAUUUGCAAAGCUAGCAAUCGAAAUAUGAUCGCCAUGCUUAGCAGAGAUUUCGGGGAACAGGACCGGUACGAAAAGACAGCCAACGCGAUAGCUACAACGUGGCUUAUAUCUUUCGAACAGAUUACGCGUGACGCACCAUUGGCAGCAUCCUACCUUCGGAACAUCGCGUAUUUUGCGGAAAAGGAUAUUCCGAUAUCGUUGCUGCCUGAUGGGCGAGAAGAUUGGGACAAAGUCGAAGCUGUAAGUGUUUUGAAAGGGUAUGCGUUUGUACUGGAUCGUGGAACAGUAGAUCGAUUCGACAUUCAUCGGCUUGUGCAUGUUGCGAUACGGAACUGGAUCCAAACUCAGGGCGAUCAAGGUGAGCAAGUGACAGAGGUAGUGUGCCAGGUUUCGGAGAGGUUUCCAUGGCCAACGCAUGAAAACCGAGACGUAUGGACUUCUUAUUUGCCGCAUGCGCAAACGGUGUUGGAAUUCCGGGGUUAUUGUAUGGAGAAGGAAACAUUGGGGCUGCUGCAACAUAAUAUUGCAGAGGUAUAUAAUUUUCUUGGGCAGUACGAGGAGGCGGAGCAGAUGCAUCGGAAGACAUUGGAGCUUAGGGAAAAGGUGCUGGGCCCAGAAAACCCGUCGACAUUCGAGAGCAUGAACAACCUGGCAUUGGUGCUUAACAAUCAGGGGAAAUACGAGGAGGCAGAGCAAAUGCACCGGACGACAUUGGAACUUAGGGAAAAGGUGCUGGGCCCAGAAAACCCGUCGACAUUCGAGAGCAUGAACAACCUGGCAUUGGUGCUUGACAAUCAGGGGAAAUACGAGGAGGCAGAGCAAAUGCACCGGAAAACAUCGGCGCUUAGUGAAAAGGUGCUGGGCCCAGAAAACCCGUCGACAUUCGAAAGCAUGAACAACCUGGCAUCGGUGUUUAACAGGCAGGGGAAAUACAAGGAGGCAGAGCAAAUGCACCGGAAGACAUUAGAGCUUAGGGAAAAGGUGCUGGGCCCAGAAAACCCGUCGACAUUUAAUAGUAUGAACAACCUGGCAUCGGUGCUUGACAGGCAGGGGAAAUACGAGGAGGCAGAGCAGAUGCACCGAAAAACAUUGGCGCUUAGGGAAAAGGUGUUGGGCCCAGAAAACCCGUCGACACUUACCAGUAUAAACAACCUGGUAUGGGUGCUUAACAGACAGGGGAAGUAUGAGGAGGCAGAGGAUAUCUAUCGCCGGAUACAAGAGUUGAAUGUCAGUGGGUAACAGUUCGACUAGGUGAAAUGCGCGAUUAGAGCUGCAGCAAUAUAGAAGCUGGACCAAGGCGAGAAGGGAACAGCAAGUGCUUGGAGGAAUGUAAUUCUGUAAGGUCACAAGUUUUCACUUAAUCGGAGAUCGCGCUACGGAUGCACGUGUUUGUUGUAAGUCUUCAGCUACUAAUUUACCCGUCUUCAUGGUACCACG